CGCCAUCCAUGCCUGCCGGCCGGGACACGCUGAUAAGAUAAAGAAAGCCCCUGUCACGCACCUACCCUAGGCUCGGCUUUCACGUCAUUGUUUGAAGGCGCCAGUCAUCAUCGCCCAACCAUCGCGGUCCUUGUCUACCGAUAGAAUUGCUUCAAGGACAUAUCUGUUCGCUGAGAGCCAGCCGUUGCUGCCUAGCCGCGUCUUGCCUAGCCAUAAAUGUUUCCAGUUGCGCUGCGCAAGUUUAUCGAUUGAAUGAACCGCGUCUGUUGGCACGCUCGCCCUAUGCAGAUGCAGUGGGAGGACCUGCCCGCCGUCGGUGCCUUUUAACUCUUUGCAGUUGACACCGACAGCAACCUUGUUGAUACCGCGGUACAUUCUUCAUCCCCAUAUAUCACACGCGUCCACAUCCCCGAAAUAAUGAGCCAAUCACUUGUAGACUACCUCGUGGAAAACGAGCCUGCUUUCAGGAAAUCCCGUCUAGGGGCUCUUUACUCCGACUUCCAAACCCAGCGGACGCUCAACCCAGACGGCUACCAAGCGAACGUGUCGGCAUGGCGCAGGGCGCUUGCCCGCAUUGUCCGAUCAGGCCUUGCCCCGGGGAGGCUGGCGGGCGCGCCUGACUUGUUCGUCCUCCAUUCCGACGAGCAACUGCUCCGCGCGCUCGAAUCGAAGCAAUACGGCAGGCCGCUCGCACUGGGCGCCGUCGUGCGCGAGGCGAUCGCCGCAAAGGACCUCAUACCGCUCAGCCAGUUUCUGGCCGCCAAGGAUAGCAUCUACCACCGGUCCUGGUCCGUGUGGAAUCUCGCGGCUUGGACCAUGAAGCAGCUCGGCGUGGCGGAUAUGCUGAAGAGUGAUAGAUUGCAGCCGGGCCAGUUCGUCGUGGUGGCCAAUGUGGAGGAGGCGGGCAAGGCCUUUGGGGAGAGGAACGGGGCAGCAGCAGCCACACACAGUCGCCUCGAGCGGACAUUUUCCAAGUCGCACUUUUACAGGACGUUCAAUGAUCAACUCCUAGACGGAAAGCAAAUCUCGGAAACAGACAUGGAGGUGCUGCUCAAGUUCUUAUCGCGCGACAAGGGGCUAAUUCUGUACGACGGAUCUACGGUCAAGAUCAAGGCACCUGGCGUGCAAGAGGCGGCUGCCAUUACAGACGAGGACGUCUCCAUCGCGCAGCUGAAGGAGCUGCUCGCCUCCUUGACGCACCAAACGGUUCUGCUCGGGAAGCGGCUUGAGGAGCUCACCGUCACGGCCAAGCAAGCCGUGGCGAAGAACAACCGCGUUGCCGCCAUGGCGGCCCUCAAGUCCAAGAAACUGACCGAGUCCACGCUGGAGCGGCGAUUCGCAACGGUCAACCAGUUGGAGGAAGUAGCGGCCAAGAUAGAGCAGGCGUCAGACAAUGUGCAGCUUGUCCGAGUCAUGGAGUCGAGCGGCGAGGCGCUGCGUAGCUUAUACGCGCAGACGGGCGGCGUCGAGCGCGUUGAUGAGGUGGUGGGUCGCCUCCGCGAGCAGAUGGCCGCCACGGACGAGGUUGGCAGCAUCCUCGCCGAGUCUGCCGGUACCGAGGUGGUCGAUGAGGCCGAGAUUGAGGACGAGAUAGCAGCCCUAGAACUUGAGGAGAGGCGCAAGGUGGAAGAGGCCGAGAGGGCGGUCCGUGAGGCCGAACAGGCAAGAGAAGCGGAGGAGACGCGCAGGCGGCUCGAAGCUGUUGAGAAGGUGCCCGCGGAUGUGCAACCUAGCCGGGGCGAGCGAGAGAAGGGGAAGGAGAAAGAGCAAGCCCCAGAGACCAAGACGGAGAUAGAGGAUAUGAUGAUGCAUUAGAAACAAAUUCCACCUAAUCCAUUGAGCACACAGACGCCACUUCCACAAAGCCCUUUUCUGGGGACGGGUGUAGCAAGUUUGCGCAGGGCCCGGUAGAACCCAGCAUAUACCUCACCAAGCAAAUUUACUGUGGUACCUGCUCAUCUGCAUUCUCAAUACAUGGAGGUAAGUCUUCCGGCUUCUUGGACAGGCUUAUGCUGUCGGGUGGUAGAUCUCUUGCAAGCAUUGCCGCUGGGUCUUCAUGGAUGCCAAUGCUACCUUCGUGCGAGUGUUUGAGCCCUUCUCUGCUCCUGGAAGGCGAGCAAGUGAGGUCAACAACGGUUGCUGUGGGCAACUGCGGCGAGGAUUGUGCCGGCGGACCACCACUCCCCUCCCCUUCGUCUUGUGCCAAAAUUGGUUCCUUUGACGCUUUUUC